UUACGGUGCACGUUGGUACAUAUUGCGAUUUACGCUCUUUAGUACUACUUUCACGGUGGUGUUGCAUUGUGUUAUUUUACUGUGAUAUUUUGACAAGCGAUUGAUUUAAAUUGAAAAAGAUUAAUGGAGAAUCCAGUACGAAAGAAAAAACCUCGAAAGGAAAAACCUAGUACAUCCGAAAACAAUGAUAGUGCAACGCAAAGCAAUGAAAGUAUAUUGGAUUCCAGUACUUACCUAACCUACGAUAUUUUGAGAAUUGUUUUUCAAUAUUUAAAUGCCAGAGACCUAGCGAGCGCUGCGAGGGUUUGCAGAUCCUGGUUAGAAGCCGUAAAUAAUGAGAAAUGGACUAGAGGCCCUUGUUGCUUUAUACGAUGUUAUGAACAGUUUGUAGAUAUUUUAAAUGUCGCAAAUCUAAGAAUUAAACCAUCAGCCGGUUUCUUUUUUAUUCCUGAAAAUACACCACGCGAUGUAGAAGAGCACAUAGAGACUUUACUACCUGGACAUUGUCAGAUUAUAAUAUUAUAUAGUGGAGAUAUUAUUAUGGAUAAAGAAAUGGAAGAUCCAUAUCCAAAUAUAGUAUGUGCAUUUUUGCCACAAAUUCCAAACGUGAGAAUAAAAUCAUUUAAAGUAGCACAACAUAGUAGUAUACAGAACACAGCCGAAUAUCGGGAGAUAAUGAGCACAAUUGUCAAUCGUGAAACAUCAGUGUCAAAUCACGAAACGUGUUUUAUGUUAUUCUGUAAUUUGAAAGGUCGUACAACAGCAAAACGUUGGGCCAGAGCUAUACAAAAAAGCAAAGAAAAUGAAAUAGUUUCUGUAUGGGGUGGUGUUUUGGAAGAUCUUUACGCACAACAUAUAGAAAAUGAUGAUAGUUUGUACAAAAGACAAACAAGACAUAGAAUAAUUCAUAGAAUGGAUAUACCAUCUUGUGUUGCUGUCCUGAUUACUGGUUCUAUACAGACGUGGUCCAUUGUUUUACAGAAUCGUACAAAGGAGCAAGCGGAAGCAAAACUAAAGUUAUUUAAGAAUGAAGUCAAGUUAAAAAAACAUUCCAUAGGAUUUAUGUUCAUGUGCAUAGCUCGUGGAAACGAAAUGUAUAACGAAACUAAUGUAGAAUCUACAAUAUUUAAAAGAUUAUUCCCCAAAGUACCCUUAGUAGGUUGUUCUGGUUAUGGCGAAUUUGGAAAAUCCACUAUCGUUGAUGAAGUAAACAAAGAAAAAAACAUCGAGGAAUGUAAAUGUAAGAGAUCGAAGUCUUGGUCUAACGAAUUCUCUACUGUGUUUUUGAUACUUACAUAUGGUUGAUGUUUUGAAAAAAGACACGUAUGAAUGCUAUGUGCUACAACAUAUUUUAUCACUCGUGCAUUACUAGAUUUAGGUCUUGUAUUUACCAAUUUUUUUUUAUUAACGAGAUCUGAAAGCAAUGGUGCUCCGAUAUUCACAGAACAAAAUAUGCAGUAUAACGAAGCAAUAAAUCUGAGUAUAAAGAUUUGUAUUUUAUUUUUAGAUGUAAUUUGCAAAUAUGUGUUUUGUAUGAGUCCUAAAAUGAUGUUACCGAAGAGUAA